AUGAACGGCUGCAAGGGCAUCGACAUGCAGCGCGCGGAGGUCUACGGCCAGAUCGACGGCAAGGGCGACGCGAAGAUCCAGGUCUUCCUCAAGACGGGCCCGGCGAACCGCGCGCCCGCCUUCGUCGCGAAAAACAUCUCCAUCAACGACCCCGCGGCCAGCGCGUCCGCCGGCGCCGCGGAGGACGGCGGCGCGAAACUCAAAAUCGAGAAGCUCUUCCACCACGGCAAGGAGCUCGACAUGGACAAGUCCCUGAGCAGCCAGGGCAUCUUCCGCGACCCGACGCUCAUCGAGUUCAAGAAGACCAGCCUCAAGGCGUGGCUCGACCACGUGGGCAUCGACGUCGGCGCCGAGGACAGCAAGGACGGCGACGGCGGCGGCGCGCCGCGCCCGGCCCGCGCGCUCGAGCGGCAGGACUCGUCCGCCGUCCGCCGCGAGCAGAUCCACGACCACGAGCAGGUGCGCCGCGCGCUGGGCGUCCACUUCGACCUGAGCCGGCGCCGGUCCGUGCCGCUGCGCACGCUCGCCGCGUCGCUCGACCGCUACGACGAAAAGGGCGCGCGCUUCGCCUUCGAGCCGGGCGACGUCGUCGAGUGCGAGGGGCCGGACCAGCGCUGGCGGCUCGCCGUCGUCACGCGCGCGUCGGCCGGCGGCUACAGCGUCGUGUCCGCGGGCGGCUACAGCCACGGCUACGGCCGGUCGCGGCCCGCGCCGCGCGUCGCCGAGCGCGCGACCGUGGCCAUCUUCGGCGACGGCCCGCUGACCUGGCGGACCUACGCGCUCGUGCGCCUCGAGGAGCGCGUGCGCAUCCAGGAGGGCCACUGCGACGACUUCGAGGACUUCGACUUCGAGGCCUUCGCGCGCGAGGCCUGGACCGCGUGGCUCGACGACGGCCGGAACGCGUCGUUCAAAAAGGGCUUCGACGCCGCGUCGCCGGGCGCGCGCGCGGCGCUCGUGGACCUGUGCCUCGACCCCUUCCGGCGCCUCGACGGCAUCAAGUCCUGGGACUUUGAGGAGCCCGCGUCCGUCUACCUCUACCUCGCGUGCACGGGGAGCGGCGUGCUGUCCGCGCUCUCGGCGCUCCUCCUCCAGGUGGGCAUCCCGACCUUGGUGCUGCUCUUCCAGCUCCGCGCGGGCCGGUCCGAGCCGCCGGCGAUCUGCAAGGACCGCGCGGGGUCGAUCUCGAGCCGCGGCGAGGGCGCGCGGUUCACGGCCGUCAUGAUCCUGCUGGUGAUCUACUUCUACGCCGUCAAGGUGAUCCCCGACGCCUACUGCAAGUUCCUGGAGACGGGCGGCGGCGGGGACGGCGUCGCGCGGCUCGCGGCGCUCCGGGCGCUCAUCUUCCGCGCGGAGGUCGACAGUGUGCUCCAGAAGGUCGGGUUCCGCGUGUGGCGGGUCAUGAACGGGGGCUACGAGGUCCUCCUCUACUCGCUGAAUCUGUACGUGCUCUUCUACCACCACUCGCCGUUGGAGGUGAUUUUGAAUUCCCUCGCGAUCGAGUUCAUCCUCGAGAUCGACGAGCGGCUCGCCGACCCCAAGGGCGGCUACGACCCGGACCUGCGCUACCCUGUGCCGAAACCAACCACUGGUUUGGGGGUCCCCACCAAACUUGAGAAUUCUCUAGCUCGGUCAAAUCAAAGUCGAUUCGGCUGA